GAAGCGAGUACACUGCAUCCGCCCAUAGCGGCGCUGUGACAACAACUUGACCCUUAUCGAGCAGUGGCAGUGGCAUUGGCAUCAUCUUCCCCUUGCCACGAUGAAGUUCACGACUGCCGGAUGUUCGCUGCUGGCAGUCAGCCUCAGCACCGCACUCCAGCGGGACCAGCAACCACUUGCUCUCCACCAGGACGUAACAUCGGAAAAGCCCGUCGAGGUGGCCAUCAUCGGCGCCGGAGCCGCGGGAGCAUCAGCAGCAUACUAUCUCGCACAAUACGCCCACAAUGCCUCCGUUCCCCUCAAUAUCACUAUCUUCGAGGCGAAUUCAUACAUUGGCGGUAGGAGCACCACCGUCAACGCCUACGACCUCACCGACGAUGACCUUGCCGACCUCCGCGCCCUCGUCUCCAACCUCGAGGACGAAUACGAAUAUUCUGUCGAACUCGGCGCAUCCAUCUUCGUCAGCAUCAACAAGAUUUUAAAAGAUGCUGUUGACGCUUUCAACCUUACCAUAAAGUCCGGCGAUGACAACCCCAAAGGCCACACAGGUAGCGACCUCGGAAUCUGGGACGGAGAGUCAUUCAUCGUGGAACUAGAUGGGAGUUUGAACGGAUACUGGGAUGUCGCGAAACUGCUAUGGAAAUAUGGACUCGCACCGGUCAAGACGCAGAGAUUGAUGAAGACUGUGGUGGGCAAGUUCAUGAGAAUGUACGAGGAGCCCAUUUUCCCCUUCACUGCAGGCCUCACCGCUGCAGCUCAGGCUGUGGGUCUGACGGCUGUGACUGCCGCCACGGGCGAGCAAUACAUGAGAGAGAACGGAAUCAAGGGAGCUUUCGGGAGGGAGAUUGUGCAGGCGAGUACCAGAGUGAAUUAUGCCCAAAAUUUGGAGUUUAUACAUGGACUGGAGGCUAUGGUGUGCAUGGCUACUGAUGGAGCCGUGGCUGUUGAAGGAGGAAAUUGGCGCAUAUUUCAAAACAUGAUCGAAGCGAGUGGUGCACACGUUCUUCUGGGCGAGCGCGUCUCGGAAAUCAUUGAGCUAGAUGUCGGCGGCCACGCCAUCUCCACCUCUUCCCAACAAGUCUGGAGAGGCGACCACAUAAUCAUUGCAGGGCCAUACCAAUAUACAAACAUCACCUCAUCAAUGCUCGACGAAAAGCAUGCUUUCCAUAAACCCGAUCCCAUUCCUUACGUGGAACUACACGUCACCCUCUUCACCAGCCCGCACCUUCUCAGUCCCACCUUCUUCAACCUCCCACCAGAUAAAGCCGUCCCUCAAGUCGUCCUCACAAGCCUUCCCGAUGGUGAACCCGCCGGAUCCGGCCAGGAGAGUGUGGGCAAACCAGGUUUCUUCAGCAUCUCUCUCCUCCGGUCCAUCGUCAACCCCAAAACCGGCGCGGAUGAAUACUUAUACAAAAUAUUCUCCCCAGAAUCGCCGACGAGUGCUUGGCUGGAAGCUUUGCUUGGAAUCAAACCCGAGGACAGCAAUCCUAAUCGCAAUAGUGAAGACAUCACGUGGCUGUAUCGCAAAGUAUGGAAUUCAUAUCCUUACGAGUAUCCGAGAAUGACGUUUGAGAGCACGAAGUUGAAGGAUGGUAUCUGGUAUACGGGUGGCAUGGAUAGUUUCAUCAGCACCAUGGAGACUAAUGCGUUGAUGGGGAAGAAUGUAGCGAGGUUGAUUGUUGAUGAGGAGAAAUUGAUGAAGCAAAGACAAUCAAACUCGGGUCUGGGGGAGGAGGAGCAUGAGCGCGUGCAGGGCAUGACCCAGAUGAAGGGUAAAUUGGAUUUGUGAUGUCCGAUGCUGUGCAUCAACUUCGACCCAGGAAUGUGCUAUCCACCGCGAACGACAGCCUUGCAUAUCAAAGUUGCGUGAGCGAUGCAAUGACUUUGCUGAGCGAAAAAAUGUCUUCUAUUCAUUACGAGCGACGAUCCUGACCCUUUUGCAAAACGGUAGAGGGGAUGUUGCUCCGGGCAAUCGAGCAUCGCCUUUGAUUCGGAUACGUAGGACUCAAAGGCAAGAUCUCCCA